UGUCUCCGCCUCCUUCUUUCUCUCCCUCCCUCCCUCUCUCCCGUUCCCGGUGGGAGCAGCGUGCAAGCGAGCAGGGUUGGGACAUUCCAGCCUGGCCGCUGCUGCUAUGAUCCACGGAGCGACCAGACACUGGCUCCAGAGGUGCGAGUGCAGCCCCAAACCGCCUCCCUCUGCUCGGCGGCUCCUGACAAGUGAGCGUGUGUAGCCAACAAAGUGGAUCUUUUCUUCUCCCGGUAUGUUUUUGUUGAUCGAUACCAAAUACACGCAAGUGGAAUAACGUCCACACCUGCGAGAAGUUCUCCACCGUCCACCACCAACUGAGCUCCGUUUUUUUUUUUUGUUUCUCCAAUUUCUCUAUUCAUCGCACUUUGGUCCCGAAGCUUACGGACUCUUCUGCGGGACUGAAAGUCUCCACACUCUCCGGUGCGGUGGUCUCCGUGUCUUCCGCGUGGAAUGGAGGGCCCCGCGCGGAUUUUGCACCGUGAGAAUGCUUUUGGCUGCUGAUACGGCCCACGGCAACCAGCGCUCCUGGAAACAAGGUCGGUCAAUCGGAGGAGGGCGUGCACGCCGAGCGAUCACGGCUGCCGGUAGGGGUCCGAGGGCGCCAUGGACGGUGGCCUCAGGGUCUUCCUGUCCACUCUGCUCUGUCUCAGCCAAGACCUGCUCGUCACCUGCACACUUCACUAUCCAUCUUUCCGCUCUGAGCCCGCCUCGUUGGUCCAGAGUCCGGGUUCGCCGGCCCGCCUGCGCUGCGCCACCAACCCUCAGUCGGCGGCGCUCUCCUGGCGCUUCCGGGGCGAACCUCUGCUCGGUGACACCCUGCCCGGCGUGGAGCUGAAUGACGGGACGCUCACCAUCGCUAAUCUGCAGCGCGCCCACGUCGGCGUCUACCAGUGCGUGGCGCGCUCAGGACACGGGCUGGCCGUCGCCAGCCGCUACGCACGUGUGGACUUGGCAGAAAUCUCCCAGUACGAAGACAGCCGGCGCCGCUCGCUGUCCGUCCAGGUCGGCGAUGCGGCAAUCGUCGAGUGUCCUCUGCCCCGUAGCGUGCCGCCGGCCUUCCCCCGAUUACGAGUGCGGGGCGAGCGCGUCGAGGCGUCCACAGACGACUACUUAGUCCUUCCGUCCGGCAACCUUCAGAUCCCGUCCGCCUCGUUGCACCAUCGGGGCGUCUACAAGUGUGGCUCGUACAAUCCGGUCACCGGGGAAACUGUCAUGCAGACCCACGGUACCAAAAUCUCUGUCCGACAUGCAGAUUCCCCCUCUUCUCCAGCGAGGAUAGUUUAUCCCACCAGCCCCAAGAAUGUGACACUGCAGCGGUCCCAGUCGUACACGCUGGAGUGCGUAGUUUCCGGAAGUCCGGCGCCGUCGUCCACGUGGUUCAAGAACGGCGAGCGGGUCCGACUGGGGCCUUCGUUGCGACACCUGCGUGACAAUUUGGAAUUUGUCUCCGUGACGACAGACGACAACGGAGUAUACGUUUGCGCCGCUGAGAGCGAGCAAGGGACGGUGAUGAGCGCCAACUACACUGUCAACAUCCUCGAACCCGCUUCCAUCCUGGUGGGCCUCGCCGACCAGCGCGUCGCUGCCGGCUCAACCGCACGUUUCAGCUGCGUGGCCGCGGGCAGCCCCGCCCCCGACGUCACCUGGCUGUUCAACGCCGAGCCCGUGGCCGCCUCGCACCGGGUACGGAUUUCAGAAGGCCAGCUGGUCAUCUCGGGUGUGGUGCCGCGGGACCAAGGCGUGUACCAAUGUCUGCUGGACAACGAUAUCGGGUCGGCGCAGUCGUCGGGAAUGCUGAGUGUGCAGUCAGAUUUGAACCCCGGCGUGGACGUUUGGCCCUCACUGCCGCCCAUGCAGAGCGAUGAGGGCGGCGAGCGCUUCCUGACGGAGGAGGAAGACGAGCCGCCGUCCGAUGGUGGCGCCCACCGUCUCACGCCCGACGCGCCCAUCAUCACCAGCCCGCCCCAGACGUACAAACCUGACAUUUACGACCUAGAGUGGAGGGCGGGGCCUGACGGCGGGAGCCCCAUCAAUGCCUAUUUUGUCAAAUAUCGAAAGGUGGACGAGAUGGCCACCUUGAUGGAGAGCUGGCUGACGGUGCGAGUGCCCGGCAGCGAGCGCUCGCUGCGUCUCUCCGAAUUGGAGGCGUCCAGCCUGUACGAGGUCCUCAUGGUGGCCCGCAGCUCGGCGGGUGAGGGCCAGCCGGCCAUGCUCACCUUUCGCACUGGAAAAGAAAAGAGCGCCUCGUCCAACAAGAAUCCGUCCCACAAGCCUCCAGUCGUCCUGAUGCCGCCCAAAGCCCCUGAGGACAAAAUGCCCAACACGCACUUUGGAGUGGUGAUCCACGACAGAGUGGCCGAGGCGCCCGACCGGCCCACCAUCUCCAUGGCGACGGAGAGCUCCGUCUACGUGACGUGGAUCCCCAGAGCCAACGGCGGCUCGCCCAUCACAGCCUUCCGGGUGGAGUACAAACGCAGCCGCAACACCGAGUGGGGCGUGGCGGCCGACAACAUCUCGCCGCUCAAGCUGUCGGUGGAAGUUCGCAAUCUGGAGCCCGGCGCCACCUACAGGUUCCGAGUGACCGCCAUGAACUUGUACGGCGAGAGUCCUCGCAGCGUGGCGUCAAGGCCGUACCAGGUGCCCCAAGCCAGCCCCCGCAUGGCCGACCGGCCGGUGGUGGGACCGCACAUCUCCGCCACCGACGCCAUCAGCGACACACAGAUCAUGCUGCGCUGGACUUACAGUCCCUCGAGUAACAACAACACUCCCAUCCAAGGCUUCUACAUCUACUAUCGGCCCACCGACAGCGACAACGACAGCGACUACAAGCGCGACGUGGUCGAAGGUGUGAAAGACUGGCACAUGAUCGGUCACCUACAGGCGGAGACGUCGUACGACAUCAAGAUGCAGUGCUUCAACGACGGCGGCGAGAGCGACUACAGCAACGUCAUGAUCUGCGAGACCAGAGCACGCCAGUCUCCAGGCUCGCCAAGCCAACGGCCCGUCACGCCGCCGUGGCCCCACCCGCAGGAGCCCUCCGGGCCACCAGGGGGUCUGCUGUACCUCAUCGUGGGCUGCGUGUUGGGCGUGAUGGUCCUCAUCCUGCUAGCCUUCAUCGCCAUGUGCCUGUGGAGGAACCGACAGCACAACAACAUGCACAAAUACGAUCCUCCGGGUUAUUUGUACCAGCCGGCUGACAUCAACGGACACGUUCUAGAGUACACCGCUUUGGCCGGCACCGGCCGCAUGAACGGCGGCGUCCACGGGGGCUUCGGGCACGGCGGGGGUGGCGGCAUGUUGCCCUCGGGGUGCCACCACUUGCACCACAAACACCCCAACGGCCUGCCACUGCACAACAGCAACGGCGGCCUCUACCCGGGCGGACACUCCCACGGCCACGAUGGCACCCUGCCCCACCCUCACCACCACCACAAUGGAGGCGGCAUGUACACGGCUCUUCCCCAAUCGGAAUCCUCAGACUGUGUGAAUUGUCAGAACCUGUGCAACAAUAACAGGUGUUACAAGCCUAACGGCGUCCUUUCGGGCGGGACGCUUCCCCUCAUGCACCGAGCGGCGCCCUGUCAGCAGGACGGUCUGGAGAUGGUUCCUCUGAAGCAGACGGCAACCUCUCCGUGCCGCCACCGCUGCUCCCCCGCGGGCGAGCUGCGUUCCGAUGACCUCGACAAUCGCCAAGUCCCACACCCGCCCGAUGAGCAGCGAGAUUCGUCGCCUUCGCAACGCUCGUGUUGUCUCGAGGGAGAUGACACGGAAUGUCCGGCGGAUGGCACUGCGGAGGAGGAUCUGGACUGCGUGGAUCAGGACUGUCCAAUCCCGUGCUGGGAAAAUCUGGGCCUUCCAGACUCGGACUGUGAUGAAAAGCCCUGCUGGAUGUCCGGCGGGGGUGAGCUGAUCCAGGCCAGUCUCCAGGAAGUCUGAGGUCCCUGCGACGUGACAGCUGGACAGUCAGAGCUGCUGUGGUGAUGUCACAAAGGACCUAAGAGAGGACAGCCGGAGGACCUGAGAAAAGACAGUCGAUGGACCUAAGAGUACUUUGUCCGACAAGGACGGCAAACUUUCACAGACUGAGGCGGAACUCCCAAAGACUCCUUCAGAUGACUUAUUUAUUUUUUUCUAGUAGAAAACUAUUAUUUCAUAUGAAUGUAUCUGUGUCAAAGAACAAAGUUGUCAGUUUUAUAUUAUUUAUGCUUUUUUUGUUUGUUUUUGGCCUGAGAACUGGUUUGUGUUACGGAGAUUUAGCGACUUGUAAAGUUUUGUAAUAAUAUAAAGAGAUGAUAAGGAAGAGUAA